UUCAUUACUCCCGUCUGAUAAUAUCUCCUAUAUAUAUAAAACAAAAUGCCUAGGCAUUUGAAUCUUGUCAGAUAAUAAAUUGCUGAUUACUUACCAGAGAGAGCUCUCCUUUAAAAUUCAUUCGUUACGGGUCGGUGAUAGUUUUGCUCCGAUAACUCAGUCAUUUGGAUUUGCGGACCGUUUGGAAGGACAUUACCGUUUUCAAUUUCUUCGAAUUGUGAUUUGUUGAUUUCCAUUCAACCUACGCACUUGGGUUGUUUGGUGUCGAAAGUUAUCCACAUACUACGAAUCUAGUUCGCUUUUCUUGAAUUGAGGAUAUAUAUGGAUCCUGUCUUCAGAUGCAUGCAGCCAUAUCCCUACCAGAGGGGUCAAGUAUAUUACAGACCCUGUUACUACCCAAAUGCUGAAUCUGUCUCGACUCCAAUGUAUGCUGAUCCGGCUCCAUUUCCAAUGAAUUACGAAUGUUGCCCUUGGGGUGGUAACUAUGGCUAUUCCUACCCGGUACACGGCCAUGGCUGUUGUAACCCUAACCAUUUCCUGGGAAACUAUGGUUGGAGACCUCCUUAUUCUCAUGUUCCACCAGUUCACUGUCAUGGAAAUCAAGCAACGCAUACAAUUCCGUAUAUUCCUGUCCCCGAUUAUUCUAUUGGGCAUCCUCGGUAUGAGUAUGAAAAGAAUAUGCCAAGAGAUCAUCAUUGUUGUGGAUGUCCUAACCAUCAGUGUAGCAAGAAAGAAGAGAAAAAUGUAAGGAUUGAAGAAGAGGAUCCUGACAGGGAAAGGAAAAGCAAUGAAUCCUUGGUUCCUCUUCAUUUAAAGAAUUAUCAACACCCAAUUAUUUGGUUUCCGUCUGAAUAUGGAAAUAAUGAGGAACACAGGAAGUCGAUAGAGUCGGAAUGCACAGAUCGAAAGGAGGAUUUCCAUGACAAUCCAAAACCUAUUGAACAGAAACCGGCUGUCUGGAAUGGAUGGUUACCAAAUGACGUGAACAACUUGGGAUCAUUAAAGCAAAGAGAAGAUCUGGUAAGAAACCAGGAUCAACAAGAUGAUAGUAAGGGCCACUUUCCAUUCCCAAUAUUCUGGAUGCCCUACAAGCCUAAGGAGAUGGAAAAGAAAGAAGGUGAGGUGAACAAUGUUCGUUCAGAACUAAGCAUGGAACCCAUCAAGCUUCCUGACAGUGGAGACAACUUAAAAGUGAAUGGGGAACAGGCUAAUCACAGUGCUUCUUCCAGGACGAAGGAUAUUGUUGUGAAGCAAGUUGAACAGUUGCAUGAAAAGGAGAAUUUAGGCAAUGACAAGGCAAAAGAAAACAAUGCUUCCGUGAAAGUCCCCCAUGCAUCUUCAAGGACGAAGGAUAUUCCUGUGAAGCAAGUUGAACAGCUGCAUGAGAAGGAGAAUUCAGGUAAGCACAAGGCUAAAGAAAACAAUGCUUCAUUGAAAGAUUUUAUUGACAAUGGAGACGAGAAAUGUGCUGAAAGAAGUGCUCAAAGGAAGUCUACUUCUCCUCCUAAAGCAUCCCUGCCUCCUGUUUGUCUGAGAGUUGACCCGUUGCCAAGGAGAAAAAACACUAAUGGAAGCUCAAGAUCUCCUAGCCCUCCUGGUGACAAAGGGAAGUUGAAUCAGUCGUCUAAUAAAGUAAGCAUUGUCCCAAGUUCGACAGAUAUUGUGAAGUCAAAUGUGAUUAGUGACAAUGAGGCCAAGAACAAGACGGCCAACAAAAAGCCUACUGAGGUUCUGGAAGGGAAAACUGAGCUGGGAGAUGUGGAUGUGAAUACAACUCAUACUUCUGAAAAGGAGGAUAUUCAGGCAAACCUAACUGAUGAAAGAUCCAGAGGGGAAAAAUGCUCUAGGGAAUGCACCAGAGCUGAUAAAGCAGAUGUAAAAGGUCAAUCGCAUGAUACUGGAACUCAGAUACUGGAGGAAGAAGAAUUAUCCAGGGGUAAAGAAGUGAUUGCUAAUGAAGUUGAGGAACUUGGAAGAAAGAAACUGACAGAUUUGGAAGCAGCUAUUGUUAUCCAGUCAGCAUACCGUGGAUUUGCAAUCCGCAGAUGGGAGCCGUUGGAGAAGUUGAAGCAAAUAGCUAAAGUGCGUGAGCAGAUAGCUAUGAUAAAGCUUCUUAUGCAAGAGAUGGAGUCAUCUUCUGAUAGCCAACGUGAUAAUAAGCAAAUACACAUGAUUGGAGAAACGAUAAUGAAUCUGCUGCUUAAACUGGACACAGUUCAGGGUUUGCACCCGAGCAUCAGAGAUAUUAGAAAAUAUGUUGCCAGAGAGCUUGUGUGUCUUCAGGAGAAGCUAGACUCGUUAAUUGAUAAGAAGCCAUCACUUGGUCAUGAUUCAACCAAUGGAGUACAUGAAGGUGCACUUAAGGAGACCAAAAAUGAUGCAUCUAUCCAAGGUGGGCAUAGGGUGGAUGAAACUGGUGUGGAUGGUAUUUUAUCAGAAAAUACCCAUGACGAUGAGACUCGGUUGGGUGGAGACCUAGAGAAAAAAUCUACAGAAAUAUGAGAGAGCUAUGGUGUUGAAAGCAGCGACGCAGGACCUAAACCAGACGUUAAACUAGGAGACGAUCAGGACUCUGAAGCGCAGGAAAGUAAAGAAGAAUCAAUCUUGGUUCCACUGGCUGAAUCUGGACACGGGAUGACAGAUUCUCCAACAAUAGAUGAGGAUACGUCUCCUGUGGCUGGAGUGCUGGAUGAUGAUAUUGAUACUAAAGGAUGCGUGGAGCAUAGACAGAUCAAAUCAGGUGAACACGAAGUUGCGGAAAAUGAGUUAGAUGUAGAGCGAGCAAAUGAGAUAGGAGGAUCAAAGGCAGAGUCAGUCACUACAGAACUUAAGGACAACAAUAGACACUAUCGAAACAAAGAAGACAUUGAAUUGUUUGAGGAGCCUUUACCUAAAUCAAAUGAUAUUCAGGUACAAGCUGAAGAAAAAAUGAGUUUAAUCAAUGAAUUUGUAAAGAUGUACGACAAAACAGAUGAUAAGAUUGGAUCAGAGGAGAUGAUGGUAGACAAGAUCAGAGAUGCUGGGGCUGAAUCUGAUGAAAACAUUUCUCAACCGUCACAGAGUACUGGAGCCAAAAUGAAAGAACCUAAAGCAGCAGAUGAUAAGACUGGAUCAGAGGUGGUGGUGGAAGACAAGCUUGGAGAUGCUGGGGCUGAAUCUGAUGAAAACAUUUCUCAACCGUCACAGAGUACUGGAGCCAAAAUGAUAGAACCUAAAGCAGCAGAUGAUAAGACUGGAUCAGAGGAGGUGGUGGAAGACAAGCUUGGAGAUGCCAUGGCUGAACCUGUUGAAAGCACUUCUCAACCAUCAUGUACCAGGGGACCUAAUAUUAGCAAACAUAGAGGAGGGGAUGAUAAGAUUGGAUCGGAGGAUUGGGUGGAUGCCAAACUUGGAGAUGCUGGAGCUGAUUUAUUGGAGGAGAUCGUGGAAGAAAAGCUAGGAUAUUCUGUGACUGAAUCAGAUGAAUGCGCUUCUCAACUGCCAUAUUACACUGGGUCCAAUAUCAAAGAACCUAAAGGAACGGGGGAUAAGAUUGGGUCAGAAGAGAUAGAGGACGUUAAGCUUGGAGAUGCCGUAGCUGAAUCUUAUGAGUGUACUUCUCGACUACAACUGGAUGCUGUGGAAAAGAUCAAUGAACCUGCAGAGGAUCCCGACGAGUUGAAACAGCAAAUGGAAGAAGAACCUUGCAAAGGAGAGAGCGAAACCAACAAUGCUGUACCUGAAGCCUUUGGAGGUAAUGAUCCGAAGAACUCUUCAACAUGUGAAGAGGUUUUAGAUAUGCCUACAGAGAAGAAAGCAUACCUGGUGCAAGAAUACAACAGGGAGCAAUUUCAGCUAGAGGAGCAUAAUGAAGUGCACGAAUCAGAAUCCUCGGGUGGGAAUGAGGAAACUGCAGCUUCUGAAUGUGACGUUCCAGAUGGGAUGGCAUUCUUACCUGCAGGAGUUACUGAACCAGCAUCUCCCACUGCAAUCCAGGGUUCACAUGAUGUCAGUGACAUGACAGAGAGCAAUAGGAAAUUGAUGGAAGAGAACGAAACUUUGAGAGAGAUGAUGGAGAAAUUGAUCAAAGAAGGUCAAGAACAGUUGACUACCAUUUCUGGUCUCUCUGAAAGAGUCAAGGACUUGGAAAAGAAACUGUUCAAGAGAAAAAAACUGAAGAUGCGUCGCUCCAAAGUACCGUCAUCGGGAUUAUUAUGCAAGAAACCGUCCCACGACUAUUUGAAAGACAGAACUAUGGGAAUUGCAAUUUAAAAAGUUUGAUGGUGGUCUGUAAUUCAAACCUUUUUAUUAUGUGCUGAGAUCGACAUUAUCAUAUUGUCGUUUGUCAUGUAAUAUAAUGUUUGUCGUGUAAUGUACAAGAGCUUCUUCUUCUCUUGUCAAUUUCAUUGCUUUCCUCGUGUUUA